AUGUUUAAAGGAAAUAAAAUAAGAGUAGGAACAAUAAAUAUUUUUAAUAGCGCUUUUUAUACAAUCAAAGAAAAACUUUCAGUUUAUCCUUUUGAAUAUAGUCAUAAUAUAGGUCGAAAAAAUCUACUAUAUAAACAUUUUUUUGAUAAUAAAUUUGAUAUUAUUUGUUUACAGGAAGUAGAUUCCUUUAUGAUUAAUGAUUUAAACAAAAAAUUUUUAGAUCAUGAUUUUAUCUUACAUACUCCUAAACAUGUUAAUACAAAGUCGCCAAAAAGUAACAAUUGUUGUAUAGCCUAUAAAAAAUGCUUCAAAUUAAUACAAGAAAAACAAUUUGAUAACGAAACUUCUGUGAUUAAAAAUUUGAUCAACUAUUCGUCUGAAAGUGGUUGCGAAAUACAAGAUGCUUUUAUAAGGGAACUUUCAAAAAGGACAAGUAUGGCAAAUAUGAUUAUUCUAGAGUUAUCAAAUCAAACAUUCUUAGGGAUUUGUAAUUGUCAUAUUCAUUGGAAUCCAUUAUAUCCUGAUAUAAAAUUAUAUCACACAUAUUUAAUCAUAAGAGAUUUCUAUAAAUUUAUAGAAAACACUCUUCAAGAUAUUCCAUUUAUUCCUUUAUUAUUAUUAGGAGAUUUUAACUCAACUCCUCAUAUAGAUAAUAAAAAGGAGGGUGAAAUUAUUCAAGAAAGUGGUGUAUAUGAACUCAUAACAACUGGAAGGAUAUCAAAUAAUCACGCCCACCAUCCAGCACGAUUAAGAAAAAGUGAAGCCUUUUAUUCUUAUCCAGAAUUAAAAAUACCCCCUUUUAAAAGCGUAUUCAAAGAGAUAAAUGGUAAGGAACCAGAAUUUACAAAUAAAACACCUUCUUUUGAAGGAUGUAUAGAUUAUAUUUUUUACAAAGAACUGAUACCUAUAUCAACAGAAACAAUCCCAAGAAACAUAAAGGAUAUCAAAAUGUUACCAAAUGAGCAUUUCCCAUCAGAUCAUGUAAUGCUGACAUCAGAAUUUUUUAUUGUUUGA